AUGUGGGACAGUUUUGCAGCAGUACAUGUUAGAGAAAAGUCAGCGUCUCCAUUGACGUUUUUCAAGCAGCUGUACCAGACGAAGUUGCAGCCUGGUGGUGAUUUGGCGGCAGACUUGAGACGUCUGGAGGCGAUACGCGGCGAAUUGAUUCGAAGGGACAUGGAGAUACCUGAUAUUCAGUAUGUAUUUAUCAUUCUUUGUUCCCUUAAUGAAGACUUUGAUGGUGUAGCUAGCCAGAUAUCUGCCGUUCCACCAGCACAAUUAACUGUGGAAGGGGUAACGGCAAGAUUAAUGGGCGAGUUGGACAGAAGGGAGGCUUGUGCCAUAAGCACCCCUAUUUCCAGAAAUAAUGAGGAAUGCCAUAUGCAAACUUGUGGUGAUACAACUGCAUUUAAAGCUGCCAAGAGUUGUUGGUUCUUCAAUAAACAAGGACAUUUUGCAAAGGACUGCAGAUCCAAAAGAAAGAAAAGUACUCCUAAGUCUGUUUCUGUUCGUCAAUCACAGUCGUCAGCCUAG